UUUUUUCUCUGUACACCGGCUUUGGUAGUUACCUAUUUUCACGCUUUACGCAAAGGGGGACAGCAUGCAUGGGUUGUUUAAUCGCUCACCGCGGUGCGUAAAAAGGCGCGUCCUCGUCCUUGCGGGCUAUCACGUUAUCGCUAUAUCCUUAGGGGAGGUAAAUAAAAGGUUUUGCCAAAGCACGGCAGUGAUGCAAGGUCUGGUAGGUGACUGCUCUCACCAGCAGCACACGCGUUUUUGACGCGGACCUACAUGCCGGUCGGACUCGCGCUGUUGAGCCGCGCACUUGGUUGUAUGUUGGACUUGUUGGAUUUGACCGGCGCCUUUAAGCUGAGCUCUGAAGCUUGUGCAGAUAUUUAAACACACAAUGUUUUUGAAAGAUGCGGCACCUGUUUGCGAAUGUUGCAGAAAACGGGUAGAGGACUUCUUGCCUUGGUGUUGAUACUGUUGGAGUGGACCCGGCCAGGCCUACCGUCUCCGCUGAGGCCAAUCUGUGACCUGAGGGUCCUGAACCAUUUCAUUAAGGAAGCACGAGACGCAGAAGUUGCUAUGAAGUCAUGUAGAGAAGGAUGUAGCCUGUCAGAGUCUGUCACUGUUCCCCAAACCAGAGUCGACUUUGAUGUCUGGGAGAAGAAAAAUGGAUUGGAGCAAGCCCAGGAGGUGCAGUCUGGCUUAUGGCUCUUACAACAGGCCCUCAACUUGCUACGGACCUCGGUCACCAACACAGCAAUGCACAGCCACAUAGAUAACUCCGUCAGAAACCUGCUCAGCAUCAAUGCUGUGCUGCGAAGCCUCAACUUCCAGGAAUAUACCCCACCAGCAAGUGCUGCAGGGCUUGAGGGAACAUGGAGGGUGUCCUCAGCAACAGAUUUGCUUCAAGUCUACGUCAACUUCCUGCGAGGCAAAGUGCGCCUCCUUCUUUCGGAUGCACAGGCUUGUCAGCAAGAUGUCAGCUGAUCUCCCUACUCCAGGCGAAGCUAAUUUGUGUUUUGGAAAGCAAGAGGAGGGACUUGACACUGUUGACUUGCACGCAGGCUGCUGGAAGCAGUGUGGACAGAGAGGAAAAUCCAGCCAUCCUCACAUAUGCAGAGGAAGCUGAAAGGAAAGGACAGUCCCAGCUAGGCUUUGGAUGGACGGGAGAUGAUUGCACCUUGGAAUCUCGAUGUGAAACAUGGACAUGGUGAAGCACAAACUGACCAAAAUGAGGCCUGUGGGAAGCACUGCUCCAAUCGCUGUUUCACUGGCACUCUCUUGCACUUUGUGUGUGGAUGGACUUUUGUGUGAAUGACUGCGAGUUUAAAUCUGUACGUAGUGUGUAUGUGUGUGUCUCCUGUGAGUCUGACCCCUACACUCACCUCUUUAAAGUAAAUUGUGGAGUGAAACACCCAGAAAAUAUUGAUUGCACCUGGAAAUUGUAGAACUGUGAGGUUGCAACAUGGCUUCAAUUUCCAAUAACACUGCAAAAAGGCUGAAAUGAAUGAGGCCUCACCCCACGAGGCUUUUCGUUUUUCAGCUGUGCCUUGCAAACAUUAGUCUUUUCUCUUGGAUGUUUUUUUUUUUGCAAUGAAUAUUUUUAUAUAUUUUUAAACGUUGCGUCAUUACUAUUUAUUUUGAUUUUCUACUUUUAAGCUCCAGUCUUUGUGGUUUCUUUUUGUGUUGUAUUUUUAGGAUUUUUGCUGGACCCUCAUUACCAUGUUCUGACUGAACACAAUGAUAAGGCUGUUUGUUGACAUUAUUUGCAAUAGCACGCUGCUAUGUACCGGCAUAUACCUUCCAACUAACAGAGCAAAGGACAGAGAAGUGGACGCAGAGGUUCAGUUACUGUGAACAAAGGAGUAAGAGGUCAGUGAGGAGGUGGUUGGAGGGUUACAUGAGAACUGUGAAGCUGUUUUGUCAUUAUCUGUGUUUUCGUUGCUGCCUAACCAACACUCAGCCAGUCUCCACACACUGAUAACCAGUCUGCCCGGAAAAUUGCUGUUUGGCUUUUACACUUUACAUCCUGUGAGGCUGUAAUUGCAAAUAGUUUUCCAGAAUCUGACGUCCACACUGUCUCUUCCCUCACGCUGUUGUUCGUCAUCAAACAGCAGGCAGACAAUUAGUUAGUCUUGGGAAUACAAAAAAGAUGCUAAAAUCUUUCAGACUGGUUAAGUGUUCUUCCUUGUUUGUUUCCGUAUUUUUAAAUCAUGUUUUGCAAGUGCAAGAUGUUUUUAAGGAUGUUUGUACAUGUUUUCUUUCCUGUUGUUUUGUCCCAUCACUGUAUAAUUUGCUAUUUAAAUACAAAAUAUUAUUCUUGGAUAAAGAAAGGAUAGAUGGAAACACAA